GGCGUGGCCGUCAAGACUAUUCAACCGGGCCGGAUCACUGUUGUCUGGACUGUGAGUCGUCCCGGAAACGACUCAAACGACGACAGAAUGAGUCAUCUGCGCUAUGGGCCAAGGAUGGGCCGUGUCUUGGGGCUCGAAGGAGACUGGGAGCCGUGGCGACAAGAUGCGACAAUUGAGCCAACUUGUUCAAAAUUUGCUGACUGUCUCAAAAACCUACUUUAA